GAUCCCUGAAAAAGCUAAAGCAGAAAGAAGAAAUUCUUUUGGCAAAAGCACUGCCAACUCGUGUGAGUCACGAGAGUCACAACAGGGGGGAGGAAGAAAAGAAGGCUCACAAGAAAGAGAGGAGAGGAGGGGGAAUGGAGAAGAAAAGUGAGAGUGGGAGUGGUGGUGGACAGGUGGUGGACGGUUCGAAUAUAAUGGAGUUGGUUGGGAACGAGGAGGUGUUUAGUAACUUUGUGGAGCAUAAGUUUGAGGAGCUCGACAGGGACAGAGACGGCCACCUCUCUUUGAACGAGCUCCACCCUGCUGUCGCCGAUAUUGGCCUUGCUCUUGGCUUGCCGGCUCAGGGUUCUUCCCGGGACUCCGAUCACAUCUAUUCUGAGGUAUUGAAUGAGUUCACUCAUGGGAAACAACAAAAAGUGAGCAAGACUGAGUUCAAAGAGGUUCUUUCGGAUAUUCUAAUAGGCAUGGCUGCUGGUUUCAAGCGAGACCCUAUUGUGAUCCUCCGUAUUGAUGGAGAAGACCUCCUAGAAUACAUUGAUGGGCCAAUUUUUGAACCGGAGCUGGUGGCUACAUAUUCUGAGAUAAGGUCAGCUGAUGGAACUCUCCGUGACUGUAUAAUCAAAGCUUUGGAAAAACUCACGGUUGACCAAGGGAUGCCCCCUUCAUUGGAUUCUUGGGUUGUGAGCAAUAUUGUGGAACCUGCUCUGCAAUCAUGCACUGGCCAUGAUUUGGACAAGCCGGUUUCUCAAGAUACUUUCAUAGCAGAAUUCAAAAAAGUAGCAGAGUUUGUGGCUCAUCGUCUUCAGGAGCAGCCUGUGAUUGUAGCCCACAGUGAGAAUGACUUUGAUGGAAGCGACGUCAAGAGAUUGUUGUCCAACAAGUUUGAAUUAGACAAGACACUGAAUGCAGCUAUUGAAACUGUUCCAAAAGACCGCAGUGGGAAAUUAUCCAAAGAAUAUUUGCGUGUGGCACUGGAAGCGGUGGCUCCAACAGCUGGUCUGCCACCACUUGGUGCAGUUGAGCAGAUGGACAAGGUUGUGCAGGAUGCGUUCAACAUGUUUAACGCAGAUGACGGAAAGCAGCUUAAGGAAGAUGAGUUCAAGAAGACACUGACUGAAAUCCUGGGGAGUAUCAUGUUGCAAUUGGAGGGAAACCCAAUCUCAGUUCACUCAAAUGCGGUUGUGCACGAGCCCCUCACCGCUGCUUCUACUCUACUGCAGCCAACUCCCGACUUAUAGAUCAUAGCUCUCCUGGAUUAUCAAGCGUAACAAAGAUAAAAACGGCAAUAAAAUUUUUGAUUAAGGAAAUGGUUACUACCACAAGUUUGUGUUGCUUAGUUAUCGUAAUCAUGUUAAUGAAAUGCUCUUACUGUGCAAAUUUAGAUAGGGAAUGUCCACUAUGUUGUUACUGAUUUCCGAUGUUUGAACUUUGAAUGCAUCAAGGGUUUGAGCUAA